ACGCCACCGCGGAUGCCAUCGCUCGCCGCCACCUGGACGAGGAAGCCGCCUCGGUCGCCGAGGACGCCGUCGCCCGCCACGAGAUCAGGGUGAGGUAUAAACGGUGGCUGUGGUGGACUAGAUUUGGUAUGGCUGUUGGUGCGUUGCAGCUGGUUGGCGCAAUAUAUCUCAUGUUUGUCAUUGUGAGAGAUCUUCCUAACGGAAGAAGAUCCACUUCCUGUUUCUUUGGACAGGAUGAUGCUGGCCAGGUCUCUGGGCGAGCACUAAUUGCUCUGUUUCUUAUCCUAUCCUGGGUUGUGGUCAUCGUUCAGUGCUUCACGGGUUCUGAUGUAUUGAGAUGGCGAUCAUUCUAUGCGACACAUGAUAUGGCAUGGAAAGCUCACUACAGGGAAGUGUUUGAUCAUGGAAUCCGUGAGGCUUUGUGCUGCCUAGGACGUGCAAAAUAUCUAACCGUAUUGGAAGAAGAUGAGGUCUAUUCUGUGGCAAGACUUCUGGGUGAUUUGGUUGCAUAUCGUGCUUCUGGGACUGGUCAUUUGGAACUGUUAGCAGGGCUUGCUCUAUUGCAGAAGCAUGGGAAUUUGCCUGAUUUGCAAACUGACCUUGUGGAGGCACCUCAUAACCUUAUGCAAGAAGCUGCUGUUCUCCAUCCAUUUGCUGAAGCGUGCUAUACGGGGCCACUUCUUGAUGUUGGAAGAAACCCCAUUUUGUUUCCAUGUGCAUGGGUUUAUAGACAAGGCGUUUUAACUCCAUGGACGCGCAGAAGGCGCCCUGCACUUGAUGGUGAUAACUGGUGGCGAGGUCAUGCUGCAGCUUUCCUUAGAUUUGCUAAUAUAGCACCUACUGCACUUGUUCGAGGCCGCGUUCGUCAGAGCAAACGUGAAGCUGCUUACUUUGUUGUGGUCCUCCACGAGAAAAAGACUGUUCUUAUUGGGGUGCGUGGGACAGAGACACCAGAGGAUCUCAUAACCGAUGGAUUAUGUAGAGAGUGUGCUUUCACUAAGGAAGAUUUGGAUGGAUUAGUAAAUAAUGAACAGUUACCAGUAACUACGAGGGAGAGAGUUAUUUCUACAUUUCCACACUAUGGACACGGUGGAAUUGUAGAGGCUGCUCGAGAGCUUUUCAUGCAACUCAAUGACUGCACAGGAGAAAACACGUCCUCCAGAAAACUUGGUUUUCUAUCUACGCUGGUCCAGGAGGGCAGUGAGUGUCAUGGAUAUAGAAUUCGUCUUGUUGGACAUUCUUUAGGAGGUGCUGUUGCUACAGUCCUAGGAAUGAUGCUUUUUGGCAGAUACCCAGACGUGCAUGUGUAUGCUUAUGGUCCACUUCCGUGUGUGGACUUGGUGAUAGCUGAAGCAUGUUCACACUUUGUUACCACCAUUAUAAACAACGAUGAAUUUUCUUCUCGCCUUUCAAUCAACUCAAUCCUCAGGCUACGAUCUGCUGCAAUAAAUGCUCUUUCAGAUAACUCUCCUGCUGAUACAGCAAUGAUACAAAAACUUGCUCGCAGAAUAUUGAAUGUGAACAAGUAUCAGGGUAAUGCUCCUGACCGAAGUACAGAAACUAGCCGCACAUCUGAAGGGAGGGCAGUACCAAAUGAAAGACGUUCGCCACACCAAGGCCAAUUAUGCAAUAGUGAGCCAGAUCUCCAAGAUUUGCAGAAUGGCCUUGGUGGGUACGGUGGAUCCAAUUCAUCCAUAGAUGAACACAGAAGCUAUCAAACCCUAGACAUUGAUCAGGAUGUCCAGCCGAUUCCACUUGAUGGGCAUGAUUUUGGUUUGGAAGAGCAUCAGACAUCUAAUAGGGAAAUACUAGUGGACACUCCGGAAAUGUUUCUUCCAGGCUUAAUUAUUCACGUGGUGCGGAACAGAAGAAGCCUCUUCCCUCUUUGGACAUGCUGGAACUUGCAGGAUGCUGAACCACCAUAUAAAGCUGUUUUGGCAAAAAGAGAGAACUUCAGGGAUAUCGCUGUUACUCCAUCAAUGUUCAUGGAUCACUUACCAUGGAGGUCUCAGUAUGCUAUGCAGAGAACUCUAGAAUGCCAAACGUUAAGGAGUUCAACUAACUGUGAUUCACCUGUACAACAUUUGGUCUGACCAGGGCAAAAUUGCCCACCCAUUCUUUUAAGACACUGAAGGAGCAAACCGUCCCAUACUGCAAACAUGUUUGUAUAACUUGUGGCUAUAUUUGUGUAUACAAGAGAUCCGAGGCUUUGAUUCCGCUCCAUGCCCUGCUGAGCUUAUUGACACUGACAGAUUACCUGGACAGGCACCAGCUAACAUAUAUCUGGCUAAAAGGAAUUGCAAUGCCUCCAUGCGCAACAAUACAGUAUAUCAACAAUAUCUUCUGGCGUCUACGUAUCUACUUACCCUGGCCGUCUCUUCUGCAUUGAUCAUUGGUGCAGCCAUACUGGAUUGUUCACAUUCAUUAUUCAUUAUUCUGCGGCAGUGCUUGUUCAUAUCAGUUUUUUCUAUUCAUUCCAAGCCAAGAUGAUGUACAUAUUUAAGCAGCAUAGUUAGUUGGAGGUACUUACUAGCAAGUGACAAACAAAGUGUGAAUAUACAACCUAGAGGUUAAUUAAUC